GGGCCUGGGAUGGAGCCUUGGGGGACACCGCUAGACAUCAACAAUUACUGAAAAGAAUGUGUUUUUGACAAGUAGGCUUUAAAUUAGCCUGAAACUUGAGGGUUGUUUUCCAUAAGAAGUUUUUUGUAUGUCACAGUUCUUAUGGUCCACAUAAAGAGUCUCCAGUUGACACAAAGUAGUGACUUUGCUUUUUUUAGUGACAUCAGUUUAGAGCAGUGGUACUCAACUGGUGGGUCCCGACCCAACACCUGGUCAAAAAAGUAAAUAUUUAAUGCGCAUCUGAUGUUUGACAUGUCUUUUAUUUUGAAAAAUAGCUUAUUUUGAAUGGCACAUGUCGUGGUCCUCCUCGGUUUCUCAUUAAUGUGGCCUGUAUGCAGUAAAGAUACAUGGUUUUUUGUUUAUUUGUUUGCUUUUUGUCUUUAUUUUGUGCAAUUUGAUAUUUAUUCACUUUUGUCCAUGCUGUUGCAUGGUCCUCCCCUAGUUCUUAUGAAUGUGCUCUGAAUGCAGAGUUGCAUAUAAAUCAAAUUUUUCAUUUUGCUGGUCUCCAUUUUGUGCAUUUUGAUAUUUACUGUAUAUGCAACUUUAGUAGUUUUCGUCCUCAGUUCAUGUGAUCUGAAAUUUUUAAUAAAAACUAAAUUCGCUUGGUUUGAAUUUUAUAAAAGUAGGUUGUGACUUAAGGACCAUGGGAAAAUGUGGGUCCCAGAGUGAGACCAGUUGAGAACCACUGGUGUAGAGAACAGUCUCAUAUAGUUGAUCAGACACAGAGAUAUGAUGUCUUCAUUCACUUGCUUUUAUUUGAUGAUUUUUAACAAUUUGUUCCUGCCUUAGAUUUUACAAAGGGUUUUUAACAAUCCAUUAAUUAGUGUAUUCAAAGAGGUAAUUCCAUGUCAGCACAGUGGUUUGAACUGUUACCUCAGACAAAUUGAAUCCAGCCAGGUAGAUCUCCUGAGGCUACCCUACAGAACUGGUUCCCCUGGUCAUGCAUGCCUGCCACUGGAUGGGAGAAACAGUUAACUGUUGAAGUGCCCGAGGAGGCAGUGGAGGCUUUAAAAUCCAGCCCCACAUUCCUAACCUCUCUUAGGGCUAUAAAGUGUGGAGCCCCAACAGUUCAGCUCCUCCUCUUUCUCCUCCUUCUGUGUUUGUUUUCUGACUCCCUCCUCUUGCUUCAGAGUGCAUGAGCGAUCUGACAGGGAUGUACCACUCUCUCUAACCACAGGGGAGGAAUUUCACAGUUUUGAGGAGGUGCGUUUGCUUUUAGAGCUUCUAGCUUCCUGCCUCCCCUACUGAGCUUUUCAUCGGUGGACUGGCCCGAGGUGGAGGGUUGGAGGGGGGGUUUCAGAGAAGAAGAGAGUGAGAGAGAGCUGCAUUUGGAAACCCAGCUGAUCAGAGCUGUGGUAUUCAGCUAUAGAGGCAGAGGAAGAGAAGAGAGAGCGUGACUGGAAAAGAGAAGAGAAGAUAGAGAACUCAGUUGAUGUUUUUGUGAUUACAAGACUGAGAGUACAGAGAUAGAUGAGUAGAAAAAGCAUGUCUCUUUCCUUCUAUGAGAAAAAGAGAACUCAAAAAGAGAGAGAGGCUCUUUUAAAAGAUGUGAGAGCUGUCGGUAGGGUGGAAAUCUGAGGAGGAACCGUGCAGAAAAGGGUCUGUCAGGCUCUGGAAACCUGGCCACUAAAUACCUGAAUCAACCAAGGAUUGAAGAACCCCCUUGGAGAGAAGAAGAGGAGGGAUGUCUUGGCUGUCACCCGUGUCAUGGGCCAAAUGGACAUGGACGGCCGUGAGAGGGGGAGAAGAAGGAGAGGAGGAUGGUGAGGGGCAGGAGGCCAGCGAGGAGAGGGAGCAAUUUGGAGCGAGAGGAGAGGAAGAGGAGGAGGAGGAGGAGAGAUCUCAAAGCUGCAGGCAAGUGUUGUGCUUGAGCUCCUGAGACAUCUGAAAACUGUGAUUCACAGUGUAUGGACUUGGUGUUUUUUUUUUUUCCACAUGUGUGUUCAUGAGUGUGUGUGUUUGUGUUUCCACCUGUCAGAGCUUGGGCACUCUUACAUUUUGAGUGUCACAUGGAAAGGUCAGAUAAAAGGAGAGACUGAACAUAUCUGAUCUGAUUUACAUCAGGGUUUUUUUUUGUCAGCAUGCAGAAAUGUCAGCUGUAUUCCUGCAGAGCUGACAUGUUUCUGGCCUUGUAGCGGUUAAACUGUACUGAAUGUGUUUCCUCAGCCUCACUGGUACAUCCUCAUUUGUAUCGCCUCACUUUAAUAUCACACACUCCAACACUGCAGUCAGGUAGUUGACUGAUGUAAUCAUUACACAUGUCCUUUUGUCUCACUUCCUCGUGUGAGCUUUGAUAUGAUCACAACCAUUGUUCCAACUUUGUAAACAUUUAAGACUACUGCUACCUUUUUUACGCUGACCUCUACACUCUUUACAAUCUAUGUUUGCGAACGAUCUGGCAGAUCUGUAGAUAUUGAACCAGAACCACAUCAAUACUACAGUGGUGUUGCUUCCUAAAGUGAUCAGAUCAAACUGAGUGCUGCUGUACAACACAUCCAACAUGUUUUGCAUUUAUGUUCAGUUUGUAAGUUGCAGUCUUAUGCCUCUUUCUGUAACGUGCUCAACACGUGACAGGAAAGACUGAGCUGGGGUGCCUUAUUUCCUCUUUCUCUUGAGUUAUCACUCAGUCUUUAACCUUGUUUACCAUUACUUGUGUGAGUCAAAUAGUGCCAAAAGUUGUCAUGACACGUUGAAAGAGAUCAGGUCUGAGGAGAAAGUAAGGUAUGAUGUAAUGCAGUGUGAAGAAUUUUACACAAGUUCUUCUUUAAUGUAACAAACACAGGAGGAAAUACAAUCCUUGCUGUUUUCACGCCAGAAGUUAUCGGCUUCUAAAAGGUAUUCAGGUAGAACAAUUUUGAGAGAAAACAUCACGCUUCAGUGAAAGAGCUGAUAGAAGGGAAAUGAACCAAAAAAGUCGUUGAACAUAUUCUUCAAUACAUUUUUUGUGUGUCUUGAAUCAAAUAUUAUCUCACAUAAGGGAAAGCUUUACAUUUGUUCUCUUUACUCGUACAAAGCACACCUAAGUGCAGUUCUGUUUAUUCAGGUGUUGUUUACAGUCACAGUGCUCAUUAGGCUUUUUUUCAGUGUACAUAGUUCCAGCAUUUGCACCUCUGUUAUGUAACAAUCCUUCUGUCCUCCUACUGCCUGAUGAUGGUUGUAAUGUUUGGGAACUUCAUGCUCCCUCUCUCUCUCGCUCUCUCGGGCAACUCACACACUUGUAAAUCACGUCUCGGGCUUAUCAGAAUUGGUCACCUGGAAAACGAGAAAGAACAGGUUCAGGGGUCAGGGGUCACAGGACGUGGUGCCUGUGUUAACGGGGAUGCUGGAAGCUCGGCUCAGGGUGGAGUUCGGGUUUUAUAGGCUGACUGACCAAACAGAGGUUUUUGUGAAGACCUGGGCUGUAAAUGAGGUUUUGUGUUGGGUCCAGGAGGACUCAGUGGUCCUGAAGUUUUGAGUCUUUUUCUGUUGUUAUCCUUUGCACAGUUGAUCAUGUCCUGGUUUUCUCUGUCAGAGUUUUGUGAUUGAAUUUGAUAGAGUUUUGUGACAAAGGACAGACUGAUAAUAAAGGUUGGUUUAAAAAAAAUCUCUCUUUCUCUCUCUCUCUCUCACUCUCACUCCCUUUCUCUCUCUCUCUAUCUCUUCUCUCAACAGCUCUGACUCAGACGGCCACUUUGACACCCCUGAAGCAGUAACUCCUAUCCGCGCCCCUCCGCCCAUUCCAGGAGAGCUGGAGAACAACAACGUCGAUGCAGACAAAACUGGUGAGACCACUGCUGAGCCUAGAAGAGAUGCAGAGAGAUAAAUAUGAGCAGAGAUGGAGUUUGGAAGUGUCUGAGGUGCAAAAAUACUUCAGGGGUGGCUGAAAGUUCUGAUUAAGAUGACAGAUACUCAACAGAUGUUGUUAAAAGCCCUUUCAAGCACGCAGACAGGGUGUCCCUAGCUCAAGUUGCCAUGGAAACAAGAGUCUUUUUAUGUUGCUGCAGGUGAUCUGACAUUACAUCAUAGCACAUGUGUUUGUUUUUAUUUGAUAAAAGGAAUAUUUUCUCUAGGUCAUUGCUAUAUCUUAAAAAGUGUAUAUUUUUACAGUGCACUUUUGGGCUCAUAAGACCCCCCUCACUGUGUCCGAUGUGUUUCAGGUUCUCUGUGUCAGAGUAAUUGGAUACAUGUGCAGUUUGAAGUUCUCAGGAAUCUACCCACCUUCAGCAUUUUGGGCUGAAAAUUGGAAUAUAUCUGCCUUUCUAUUAAUACAUAAUAAGUACAUUUUCAAUUACGGCUCAUACAGAUGUGUUGUUACACUAAUAUAUUGCAAGUACCUGCGGUUACUUAUUACUGAAUCAUGUUCUGCAUGCCUGGUAUGUGAGCUGGUAUGCACUGAGAGGAUGUUUGGGUGUGAUCAAGGCAGCAGCAUCAUUGUCAUUUGAAUCACUGAGAGGAGGAGCUUCUCAUAGAGUCAGGGUGGGAAAGGCCUUUGCUCUGGAAUUCAACAGGUUCAACAAAGGCUAUGGUUCACCCCGUUUUGUGUCAGUAACUGAUAAAGGUCAGCGUGAGGGGAGGGACUGAACAAAGCAUGUUAUCUAGCCAAAAACAUCACGAGGAACGCCUUUAAACAAGAAGGAGGACGUAUGUUUAGGUGGGAGAGCUAUCUUUUUUUGGUUGGAAUGAAUUAAUCCUAUAAAAAAUAGCUUUAAAGAGUGUAGACUGAGAAGGUUAACGUGGAGCAAGGUGGGAGUCUGUAUUUGAGUGAAUCACAAACAUGUGUAUAAAGAAGCCUGAAUCCUGGCAGACUGAAGCUGGAGUGCCACUAGAAACUUCUUUGAAUGUAAACAUGCUGAAGGCUAUUUGUCAAAGUACAUCUAAAAUCUCCAGGUUCUCUGUGUUGUAAUAUGAAAACACACAGACUCUGAUUUAUGUCAUCUAACAAAGAAGGUGACACACAAAAUUACAGACUGUAACAAAGCCCACAAAGAAAUGUAAUUUGAUAAUGUUGACUACUGAUAGUUGCUUGGGCAUGUCUUGAAGUAAAAGAUACUCCACCUCAGAUGAUAUAAUUCAUCAUCAUAACAAUUUCUAUGUUUCAGAGUUUUAGUUUUUUGUAAAUCCUGAAUAUGAUUUACUGUGGAAACAUGUUUCAAACAGCACAAAGGAUGGUGGGUUCAGGGAUUCUUCUCUCAGAUUUGGACGUGAGAUCAGAUAUGCUAGAUGUCUUCACAAGACGGCUGUAAGCAUCAGCAAUAGUCCAUGAGCCAGGGAAUUUUCACUUCUAGGUACACUGGUGUAUACCUCAGUUUAAGCCCAUGCUCAGGAUAUCUUACAGUAGAGGUCAUUUUAGAUCUUCAAACUGUCAGUGAUUACAUUUUUCCACAGUUUUUGCCUAAAUUACUUGUUUUUUUUUUGUCCUGUGACAUCUAAAAAAACCAUGGACACAAAACACAGACACUGGGAUACUCACAGGACUCUUAUGUUUCAGUACAUAUAUGAUAGGACCACACUAUUUCAUUGUGAGAUGUUACUGUGAGCCGUAAAUUAUUAGAACGACUUUGGCAAAAAAACUUUUUCAUUUCAAGUAGUUGUACUUACUUUGUAAUUGGUAAGUGACAGGCCAAACACAAAAUUAAUCUGUAACAUUGAAAAAACAUUGUUAGCGCUGUGAUUCUGUACUGACUCACAGUUUUACCUCAGUUUUUAGGGAUUCCCAUGUUGAACACCAUUGGUCAAAUAGUCAUCAGACAUUUUUUAUUGUACACCUUUCAUUGUGCACCUACAAUCAAAUUCAAUCAAUCAAUCAAAUUUUAUUUAUAUAGCGCCAAUUCACAACAGUCGUCAUCUUAAGACAGUGACAAUAGGGUUUCCAUCACCCUAACUAUAAACAACUUCUGUGCAAAGGUACUUGCUAUAGUAUUUUUAGUCACGUAGGAACAAAAAGGUAAAUAAAAUGCAAACCAAUUCUUCAAAAUAAGAUCCAAUUAGACCUCAUAUUUUGGGUUUUAUUUUAAGCAGAAAUUUAAAAUUUCUCCCUGCGGUGACUUUAUUCUGCCUGAAAAUUCCCAACAGUUAGAGGACAAGAAGGGGAUCUUAACACUGACUAUUGAAUUUGCAUGAGGAUCAGUCAGGGAUAUGUUUGUAUGGGCAUGUCAGAUUGCAGGAAUACUUUGACAGUGACAUUCUGGCGACAUGCUAAUCUGACUGGAAGUAGGUAGAAAAACAGCAGACCGUACUUGUCUCCUAGCAACAUAAUAUUACAGGAGUAUGACAGAGAGGAUGACAGGCGUACUGAAAAAUGUCGAUGUGUCAAACUGUUCUCUGGAGGCAUUAAUCACUACCACAACCACUGCCUUCAAGACACAAACAGGAAAACCAGAGCUCUCUUUGUAUUCUUUAUAUCAAGUGUCUUUCGCACUACUUCAAAUCUCAUAGCCCUCAUAGUAAGACAUCACCAUGGCAACAGCAGCGAGUGGAACAGUUUGCCUGCUUGUGACCAAUCAGAAGUCAGCUACAUCUGAGUUCAGUUUUGAUUGGAUAGGCGUUCAUAGGCAGAAGUGUGAGAGCACCUAUGAAUUUUUGCUCUAUUAACAUGUUUUUAAUCUGUGUUUCCCCCUCAGAUGUGGAUCAAGAGGAGCACCUGAUAGUGACUGCUCCUGUUGGGGAUCAGGAUACUUUUCUCAGUCACAGCAUGGGUCAGGAUGAGCCUGUCCUCCCACUGGAGGAUGCCCCACUCGAGGGAAACAUCCAGAUCCCAGAGGCAGAGCAAACAGAGAGUCUUCCAGAGGCUGUGGGAUUUGUGCCAGACCCCCAUGUAUCUUUGGUGACGGAAAUGCCUGAAGUUUCUGAAUGCACAGUGCUCAAGUCUGAGCCACACCCAGAACCAGUUCCAGUCUUAGAUUUACACCCUGUCCCAGAUGUGGUUCAAGCUUUGGCCCCUUCCUCUGCUCCCACUGCUCUUUCCUUUGCUCCUGCCCCAGCUUCUGUUCCAACUCCUACACCAGCUCCAGCACCAGCUCCUGCACAGGUCUUGCAGCCUGACUCAGUCCAGAUCAGUGAACCUGAGGUCAGCCUCGCUCCAGAGCAGAAACAGGAAUCAGAGUGCAGUGAACUGAAACAAGCAGAGCCAACCAAAAAGACUAAGACCAGCAAGUCCAAGCCCCCAGCCCUGAAGAUGAAGGCCUCACAGGAUGAACUCGCACCAUCAAAUGAGGAGCAAGAGCUUCCUGUUCCCAAGGGCUCUUACAAAUUUGACCCUGACCAGCUGGAUGACAGUUUUAACCCCUUCACAAGUGGUGGAUCUAAAAUUCAGAACUCUCCCCCACCAUGUGGUGUAAGCUCUCUCCCCAGACUUGAACCAAUUGGUAGCUCAUUGCCCGCCUGCGAGGACAGCGCGGCAGCUCCAGCUGAAUCAGAGACAAUGAAGUCAUCAGAGUCAAAGCCUAUGGUGCUAGAGUUUGGUCUGGAUGAGAAGGUGGUCAGCAAGCCACCUCCAAGGAAAUUAGGGGGUAAAAAGACAAUCAGCAAGCUGGCAGUGAAGAAACAGAAGCCCAAAGGAUCAGAGGCUUCCUGUGUACCUGCACCAGAACCCACAGUGUCCGAGAUAGAUUCCCAACCAGCACCAGAACCUGUUUCAGAUCCUCUUCCUGAGCCUGCUUUGCCAGUUUCAGACUCUGCCGCACCUCUUAACCUUGACGAUGUCCCCAUUCCUAAAACUGGAUCUUAUAACUUUGACCCCAGCCAGUGGGAUGAUCCAAAUUUUAAUCCGUUUGGGAGCAAUAGCAAGAUGGAAAGCUCACCGGAGUUACCUAAGCUUUCAUAUAAUUUUGAUCCAGACAAUUUUGAUGACUCUGUGGACCCUUUUAAACCCUCUAAAAGCCUCAGCAAGGAGGAAACAUCGAAUAGUGCGCCUCAGCCGGAGAAAAGUGUGAGAGACGGAGGCAAACAGACAGCAGGGGAAAAGAAAGUAAGGCAGAUUCCUAAGAAAAGCAAAGAAAGAACAGUCAAGUAAGUUCAAUUCAUCUCCUGCUUGAAUUUUGAUGUCGUAACAUGAACACAAGAUAACUUUGUAACUUUAGCAAAAACAUUAUUAUUGAAUUAAAUGGUUGGAUGCAUGCCAAACAGUGCUUUGAGAACGUGCCAAACACUUAACACUGCAUACUGACCUUUGAUGCAAGUUAUUUAUAGACUUUCAAAAGUGCUGCAAGCUGCGUUGGUUCGCUCUAUAUUUAGUUUUUCCAGUCUUUGUCUCGUGUGUAGGCUUAAACUUGAAAUCUAUCCUCUGAGAAUCUAACAUGCUGAGCUGAACCCCUUUAGUCACUCACAUGCUCUCCUCUCUCCCCUCUUAAUUUCUUUCAUCAAUACCCACCCCCCCUCAUUCUCCAUCCCUCCUUCUUCCUGUCUGUUACGCAACCCCUCCAAACUCUGCUUUCGUCCUCCUUUCUUGGCCUUCAGGACAUCUGAACAAGUCAAGUUUCUCUGUUUUCUGUUGUAAGUACUUUCACUAUAGAGGCUUUCUCUCCCUCAUGCAUGCUGACUUACCAUUUUAUUGUCAUUGUCGCAUGUGCUGUGUCAGAACUGAGUGUGGAGGGAGCACGUAAGGACAAAAUAGUCUGCCUCUGUUUGUUUCACCUCACCUAAAAAGGCUGUCCCCUCUUACAUCAGCAAAUGAGUGUAUAUACCCUUGUGUGAUCCUUACAAAAUCCAGUGAGCAAUCUUAGGGUUGUCCACGCUGUGUAGGAACUCAAAUGUUGAAGAAUCUUGAUCUGUUUAUUUGAAGAGUUUUGUUGCUAUCAUGUGCUUGUUUUUGUAGGAAUUCCUGCAAAGUUCAAAAGUAUGAUGAGAGCCAGUCCCUGGUGCUCGACGUGUGCAAUCAGGUACUGUGUGACUGUAACUGUAAAAGUUGUGUCAGCUGGUGUGUUUCACCUUUACUGCAGUGAUGCUGCAGUGAUGCCCGUUACUCAGCAGCUGACCAACACUUUGGCCUCACCUCCUUGCACUCUCACACACACACACACACGCACAAACACAGUAACACAAGCUGACAGGAGCAUCAGCAGUGUCUCUGCAGUGCCUGUUUGGCAUGGUGACAGCUGUGUGACUUAUCUCUCUGCAGUUGAGUAUUAGAUCACUGCUCCUGUGUGCCCUCAACAUCAUCACCUCUGAUAUCAUACCAGAGUCUCUAAGAUAAGACAGACUGUCAGGGCCACCUUAUGACAGAUAUCCAGGAUAAUGCAUCUGUGAUUGUUUGAAAACUGUAGUUAUAAAAACUGUAGUCUCUUUAAAUCUCUGUGAUUGUUCUGUAGUCUUACUUUAUAUUGCUUAAAACAAAGUCUUUUCUUUUAACACAUUAUUAAGGUCCAAAAUAAAUGCAAAAUAAUCCUCUUGAAAUGUUGGUCUUAUCUUUCCCUUUGUUCCUAGGAGGAGGAUGAGGUGGUUGUUAAUACCCCAGAGAUCACUCAGCGAGUGCAUCACGCCACUGAUGAAGAAAAGCUUGCCUCUACCGGCAUCAUGGGCCAGACAGCUGACAUCCAAGAGGAAAAAGUGGAACCUGAAUGCAACAAAGAGCUUGCAAAGAAACAGACGAUCUCUGAAAAGUCAGUCCUGGAUGGUAAGUCAUGGUAAAGCUCUUCUUCUCAGUGUAGAAAAAGCAAAACACAGAGUACUUAGACUUUUGGUUUCACUGAUAGAACCUUUGUAUCGCAUCGAGUCUUAAAUUUACAUCACAGCUCACGGUAGCAAUCUAAACACUUAAAUCCAGGAUGUUUUAUAGUAUGAAGAAAGCAUCAUAAAUAUACAAAAUACUUGUUAUACUCGGUGGUAUCUUUUAUUCCACACAAGUUUCAAAGUUUAUUCAUGAUGCGUUAAGUAUUGUCGUGCUUAAAGAACGCUGUAAGUUCAUCUUAGGUGAGUGUACGCGAUAGGUAUGGUGUAAAAGAAGUAGCCAUGAUUAAAGAUGUUCCUGUCAGACAGUUGGAAAAGAGAAAAGGAGACUGAAUCAGUUAUAUAACAGCUUCUGUUAGACCAUUGGCAACAGCAAAGCAGUCAGAGUGUUUAACUUUAUAAGGGAGAAAAACAGAGAAAGCUCACUGCCCAAAAAAACACUCUUGGAUAUAGAAAAGUGAAACAUUUUUGGACGAAUAUUUCAUACAGUUGCACAUAAAAACAGUUUGCAGGGGGUAUUAACUUUUUUUGUCUUGUUUAUAAAAUUAUCUCAUGAAAAGUAAAGGGUUUACUUUUAGUGCUAAAGUUCAAGUAAUGACUCAGUCCAUCUUUAUUCAUACGGCUCCAAUGCACAACAUUAUCUCAGGAGUGUUUUAAGCACAGAUAGCUUUCUUUGAAGAUUUGUUUUUUUUACUUUAUAACUUAGAUAAAGAUCAGAAGUUGAAUAAAAAAAUAAUAAUCUAAUGACAAAUCUUUUUGCCCUUAAAGAUGCUGAAACAAAGACUGCAGAUCACCUCGAGAAAGAAACCUGCAGUCUGAAAGAUGAGACAGUAAGUAGACUUGGAGAACCACAGGGGAGGGAGCAGUAUGAAAAUUUAAAUAUCAGCAGCUUGUUUUGCACCAGCUGUUUUUCAUUCUAUCAGAAAGCCAUAAAACUUGUUUUUAUGUUUGUACUAGUUGCUUUCUUGUGCCUCAACAGCUGUUUUACUUUGAUUAUUUAAUGGCAUUCACUUACACAAUAUUUGUCUUAAGAUAGCAGUAAUUGCACCUUAAGGUUUUACAAACAUUUGUAUAAUAUAAUAAAAUCAACAAAAUGUAAACACUGUUUUCAGAGAGCACUCUUUGCAAAUUAAUCAUGUGAUCUGAAAUGGAAAGUAAAAACAGCAGCUCAAAGGAUUUGCCAAAUGUAAUCAGUCUUCUCGAAUCAUUUGUCAGCUAUCUUUUCUGCUUUCUCUGCAGUGUGAGAUAUCCAUGUGCCAAAAAGCAAAGGUGACGUUCAGUGAGGAGACAGACACAGCUGCUCUUUCCCAGGAUAAUGUCCCUCUGAGUGAGAUGGACAAAGCUGCUGUGCUCACCCUGAUCAGAGAAGAGGUACAUCACUACCACACAGUCACGAAAAGAUAUAUAUAUAUAAGUCAGACCUAAACAACUCCUGUCUUUUCCUAUAAUCAGAUCAUCACUAAAGAGAUUGAGGUCAAUGAGUGGAAGAGGAAGUACGAGGAGAGUAGAGCUGAGGUUUUGGAGAUGAGGUACAGAGCUUCACUGCUGCUGCUGCUGCUGCACAUUUUAACAGGUUGAUAAAUCAAGAAAAUUAAGUUGACAAAUGUUAAACUCUGUUCUUAUUUCAACAGGGCGAUAGUUGCAGAGUAUGAGAAAACAGUUGCACAGAUGAUUGGUAAGUUGCUGCCACCUAGUGGUACAAUGUUUGUUCAUAACUGUACUAUGUUAUGGCUGCAGUGUGCAGAUGUUAUUGUAGACAAAUGUGAGAAAUUUUACAUAAAUAGGAGGAUCAGGGCACCAUUAUUUUCAAAGGUUCGGACUAUUGCCUUGAAAAUUUCUUCAGAUUAUCGUUUUUAUCAGUAGACUCUGGCUGUUUUCUCUAAUAUUGCGUCGAUUUUUGGGGUGCAUUACAUCAGUGUGCAAUUGAAAUUUUUAUCAUCAAGUAUAGUUCAGCGUAAUGUGCACUGACUGUGCAGUUCUUGUUACAGCUGAAUAUCAUCACCCUAUUAAAAUAAUAGCCUGAGUCAUUGUUUGACGAAAAUGAGUUUUUGGCCUAAAUCAUCUCCUGAUAAUGCUGGCCAUCUCUGGUAAAAUCGCCUAAAUCCUAAAGGUGAUUUUACCAGAGAUGGCCAGCAUUAUCAAGAGAUGACUGAGGCCAAAAACGUAUUUUUUAGUAAAUAUUUUUCAAUUAUUUCAAGAAGAGAUAGAACAAGUUAUGAAACAAAUAUGAUCAUAUUGGUCGAAAAGUUGUUAUUGUCCAGCUAAGGGGUUAAAAAGGCAUCCUAAAACACAUUAAAUAAACCAUCAGAGCAAUUGUAAUGCAAAACACAAGAAACACAAUUGUUGACAUAAAGGAUUGAGUAAUAAAACAUGCAUGAGCAGAAGAGGAAAAACUACAAUCAAGCUUGACGUACAUCAGUAGCAAAAAAACUCUUCCUAUGCUUUCUUUCAAAAAUUUCAUUCUAUUGCUUUUAACUAAAUGUUGAUAACAAACACCUUUUGUCCAAAGAUAUGAGUCUCAAGCCAAGUAGGAAAUAAACCCAAAUUGGUCCCUUCAAGGCUGAAAGCUGUAACUGGACUUGUGCUUAAAGUCUACAGAUUACAAACAAUAGAUGAAAUCUCUGUUUCUUCAAACUUAAAAACGUGUGUCAUAUCUGUACAAUUAAGCAACAAACACUGGUGAUGAUAGUUUUGGUUCUAUCUGGUGUUACUAGAUCAAAUUCAGCUUGCAUCAGCCAGUGCUGUUACAGUUCAGGUAAAAUAUAGAUAUAGAUUUAGUUGCACAUCCAGCCUCUUACUUUCUUUAUGUCUAAUACUGUGACUCAUCUGUUGGUUGCAGAGGAUGAGCAGCAGCAAAAAACCGUGUCCUGCAGUAAAUCAGUCAGGCAGUUGACCUUAGAGAGGGAUCAGGCCAUCGCUGACCUCAAUUCUGUGGAGCGCUCCUUUGCAGACCUCUUCAGGAGAUAUGAGAACAUGAAAGGAGUCCUAGAAGGCUUCAAGAAGGUCAGUAGAGCUUCAGUUUGAAUCACAUGAAAUAUUGCACAAAUAAUUGCCUGAUCUGUCUUAAAUCUCCUCAUGAAUCUCCCUAGAAUGAAGAGGUGCUGAAGAAAUGUGCACAGGAUUACCUGAUGAGAAUCAAGCAGGAGGAGCAAAGAUACCAAACCCUUAAGGUUCAUGCUGAAGAGAAAUUGGACAAGUAAGCUUCCCAUUCUGCAUUUUCCAGGGAUUAAUCAUCAGACAGGGUAUUAAUCAUGAAAAGGCAUUUGCAUUGCAGAGCUUGUCAUCUUUCUCCAACAGGGCUAAUGAGGAGAUAGCACAGGUACGUGGCAAGGCCAAUGCUGAGAGUGUCGCAUUAAAUGCCAGCCUGAGAAAGGAGCAGAUGAAAGUGGAGUCCCUGGAAAGAGCUGUCCUUCAAAAGGUAUGAGUACUGCAGACGUGAUUAAAAAUGAUCCAUUAGGUUAAACACUCCUGAUAAUUGAGGUCAAAACUCUUUCUUUGGAAGAGUUUGUGUCUAUUUUAAAGUCUUAACUGUGCCAAAAGAGGCUGAGUCAAGCAGCCCCCCCACAGAUCAAUAAGUUAUUGCUAAAUGCAUUGUGAUUAUGCGGAUGUUAUUGUACACAAGUGUAAUCAAAUUUGAGAAAUUUUACAUAAAUAGGAGGAUCAGGGCACCAUUAUUUUCAAAGGUUAGGACUAUUGCUUUAACAAAUUUCUUCAGAACUCGUCUAUUUCUGUCUUCUCUCACAGUCUUUGUCAGUUUAAAGUAUAGAAAUGUCUUUGAAUCAGAUUUUAACUCCUCCAUGAGGAUAAAAAUCAGAAACUCUUUGUUCCUUUUUCAUUAGAUAAGAUCGUUUUUAGCUGUCUGAUUAUCCAAUAAAUCUAAAAGCAAAAUCCUGCCCCCUUGGUUUAAAAUGUUGGGGGGAAAAGAAAAGCAGAAUCGUGCUUUCUGAUUUCAGUACAGAAGAAAGUGUUAAACUCACAAAAAUCUAGAAGAUGCUGGUCUUCUGUCUUUUAAAUGCACGUUGCUAUCGCUCGAGCUUUGCACCUGACACUAGGGGGCAGUGUCUUACAUACUGAAACCACAGAGACAAGAAAUAUUUACUGAUACCUGAAAUAAAUAGGAAACAGGGAGAGAAGAGAAAUGUUAAGAACAGUAGACAGACUGUAUAUAAACCCUUUUAGGUGUGAACAUGAGUUCUGCUGCAAAAACAUUUUAAAGACCAACAGAAAUACUUCUUGAAAAUUAUGUCUCUGUCCUGUUAUUUUCACUUUACCAUCAUUUUUUAAACAUUCUUCCUCUUUUGUCUCUUACAGAAUCAAGAGAUCGAGGAGCUCACAAAGAUCUGCGAUGAACUGAUUGCCAAACUGGGAACAGAAUGAAGGACCUUCAAUCAAACAUUUAAAGAAACAUUCAUGUAAAUUUUGUAGAUGAUCACACUCAAGCACAUGUCUACUCUUUUUUCUUAAUUAUUAUUAUUUUUAUUAUUAUAAGUAUUAUUUGUUGAUACAUCCUUUUUACAGCAGUUGCCUUCUUUAAUUUCUUUUUGCAUUAAAACUGAAACCACAACAAUAACUGAUCAAGUUGUUGAUCACAGUAUGGCAGUGAAGAAUUCAAACCAACCCACUUUAUUUAGAAAGUACAUAUAAAAAAAAAAUGUUUUCCAAAUAAAACAAGUUAAAACACAAAGAAAAUAAAAUCACAAAAGAGCACAAAAGAGUAUAAAUCGUAGUUUUAAUUGUAAAACACAGUGAAACUCUCAUGCUGGAUUAAAAGCCAAUGAAUAAAAAUAUGUUUUGAGACGUGAUUUGAGGGCAAAGAAGCACAAAAUUAACAGGAAGAGAGUUUUAAUCAUCACUAUGAAAUGGCCUCAGUUAGGGAAUGGUUGAAUGGUUGAUCCUUUUCUUUGAAAUGUGUGUACAUCUUAAACCGUUUCAUUUUUUUUCAUUGCUUAUUUAACACAAAAGUGAAGAGAAAAGAAAGUGAUGAUCUACUAAAGGACAAAUCUGUUUGAUGAGUGCCUGAACUAUCUACACAGUGUUUGUUUUUGGACUACACAUUUUUUGGAUGAAGACUUUUUAGUGGUGUUGAUUUUCUUCUUUUAAAGAAAUUAACUAUGUCAAAUCAGAGAGUAUCUCAUCAGUUGCCUUCAGUGUCUUAAAUUUUCAUAGGUUCAAAUAUACAAUGAGUGAAGAAGUGUUCAGUUCUCCAGUUUGAAUUAUAAGUAGAAUAUGAUCCCAAUGACAGAGAGCACUUAAAUUGACCACAUUUUCAAUUUAGUUCAAAGCUGGAUCAGUAAUAAACUUGCUCUUAUGAUGCGAAUUCAUUCAGCCAGGUGCAAUGUUUGAUUUCUUCAUUUUGGGAAGUGUAAAAAGUAUGAUUUAUGUUCUAUUGCUGCCAUGUAGAUACAUUGAUUCUGUCCAUGUUUUAUCUGGGGGUCCAAAUGUUGCUGGUGUGCCUUUGUUUUGUCUGUUUUGUAAAAAGUUCUCAACCUCAGUUGCCAAAAUAUACUGUAAAACUCGUACAUCUUUUACGAUCAAAUAUUACGAACAACAGUGAGCUCAAUGAAUUUUGCUGUAUCUGCAGUACAUUAUCAGGCAUACAUAGUCAGCUACAUUACUCUUUAAGGUCUGUGUGUCUUGGUGAGCAUGUACUAAUCCUCUUGGCUAAAGGUUUGACUGUUUCUGAUCUGACUGAAGCUGAAGGAACGCACAGGUGUAUCUUUAGACAGAAAUGUUUUGGAUAAAGAUGGCACAUUCUUGUUUUACAUCAGCACAAUCAAUUGCCAAAUGUCAUUGUAAAUAAGAUUGGUUUGCUGUUGCAGUGCUGUUACAUACGUAUGAAGGUGCUUCUUAAUGCAAGCUCAUUGUCAAAGUAAAGUAUGUGUACAUUUUAUAUUUUAUCUUGAAAAUAUUUGUAAAAUUUAUGAUUUGAGUAUACACAGAUUGUUAAUUGCGAAUUUUGUGCAAUUCUGAAUAAAUGAUAAAGAUGAGUGUCAAGCCA